AUGCCUAGAGGAAGACCUCGCCGAAAUCUUAGAACCAAAACACAAUCCGUUCACGCAAAUGGUGGGGCUAAUGACAACUUGAAUACGGAGCUUUCAGAAACAGAGAAUCGCCCUGAAGACAACAUUGACGACCCAAUUGAGAUCCAAACCGCCGACGAGGAAGAAAAUUCUUCCUCCGACGAAAACAACUCAGAUUCAUCUUCAUCCGAAAUUCCUCGGAAGAGGAAACUUACUGAGGGGAAAAUUGAUGUCGAUGAAGAGCUGGAAAGUGUUGACGACGAGGAGUUGACAGAUUCCGACUUGGACGAUGAAUAUUACGUAGAGGGAUUGGAUGGAGACGAUAGUAGUCGAAAUGAUGUGCCCACAGAUUUGCCCUUAAGCUUUUGCGGACCCGCGGAAAAGGCCGCUGAAACAUGUCGUCUUCCAGCCCGUCGUAUCACUGCUGACGAAUCGUCGAUGUUUCCGUUUCUGGAAGACGAUGAGAAUGUAGCUCUUAGGCCGGCCUAUCUUAUUGCUCGCAAUGCAGCUUGUCACAUGUGGACAGAGGAUCCCACGGUGCAGGUGACGACGGAUCGCCUAAUGGGCUAUCUCGUCUCGUCUAGUAAUGAUCAAGCUGUACUUUGCAUGCAUGCAUCUGGCUUAACCGCCUCUCUACCCACCAGUGAAGAUGCUUCUCCUAUUACCUCUGUUUGGUCAACUCCAGUAGCGCGGCAAAAUUUGGAACGACUCGCCUAUCUAGCAGUCCUCUUCCUUGAACGCUAUGGCUAUAUCAAUAUUGGGGCUUUUAAGCAACUGGCAGCGCCUCUGACGCGAGCUGUAAAACCGGCUUCGGGUGAUUCGACCACAUCGACGACACGAAGGGGUGCCGAUAAGCACGCAGCUAAUGCCAUGGUACCCCUCAGGGUUAUCAUUUGUGGUGCUGGAGCAGCUGGGCUCAUGGCGGCGCGUCAGUUAGUAUAUUUCGGUGCUCAGGUCACCGUUUUUGAGGCCAGAGACCGAAUUGGUGGCCGGAUUUGGACCUACAAACAGGGCAAUCAGUUUGCCGACCUCGGUGCAAUGAUUAUAACGGGAAUGUCUGGAAACCCGUCUACAAUCCUGGCCAAGCAAGGUGGGCUGAUGCUGGCUCCAAUCAAUCCUUGUUGCACGCUUUACACUGCGUCUGGGCGGCCCGUCUCGCAGGAAAAAGAUGCUCGGAUCGAGAAGGAGUUUAAUCGCAUCCUAGCAACUGCUGGACACAUCGCUGCCAAGGAUCCGGAGAAUUUGGCAGGGAAGUCGCUUGGUCAGGUCAUUGAGGACCUAAUUCGCUUUCAAGAACACCGCAUUGUUCCUCUGAAGAUCAGUCACAGAAACCUCGUUUCUAUUCUUUUGCGUCGGAAGGCCAAAAUUUUAAAUGAGAUGGCAGAUGCACGAAGAGAAAUAAACGAGGCUUACAAUGAUUGGCAAGCGCUUUGUAAGGAGUCACACGAGACACCAUCACCGCCAGCUCCACCAUCCUCAUUGACAGCGCGGUCAAGGCGUUCUCGCGUCGUCGUGGAGACUGCCUCCACGAUUUCCGUUAGUUCGACGAAUUCUUCCGCUUCCGCCACGCCUCAUGUCGCUUCGCCUACGAAACAUGAUCCCGAUGCGGGUGAAGUAUCCAAGUUGUCGGGUGUAGUGGACGUGCAGGAUGAGUAUAAUCGUCGACGUCAGUUGUCCAUGUUACAUGCCGCAUGGAAACGAUUUGAUCCGAUGCAAGUGGCCCUUACAAAAAUUAAUCGGCAGCUUGAAGUGCUAGCACAGAAUCCACCUCGUGACGUCUACCUAACCAGCUCCGAACGAAACCUCAUCGAUUGGCACCUAGCCAAUCUGGAAUUUGCCAACGCCACUGAAUUACAAAACCUCUCUCUUAUUCAUUGGGAUCAGGACGACGCCUACGAGCUGGGCGGAGAUCACUGCAUCGUUCAAGGCGGCUUCGGUCAAAUAAUGGAUGUACUCACCAGUUCCUCCGGUGCCUCUGGCACUCUGAGACCCGCUGUAGACAACCCCUGCGGCCAAAUUGAGCUUAAAUCCUCCAUCAAGGAGAUAUCAAUCAGUGAUUCCGGCGUAAAGGUGUCGUGCUUGAAUAAAGCCGUGAGUGAAGACGAGCUCAUUUCCCACUAUGGGGACGUGGUGCUCUGUGCACUACCCUUGGGUGUUCUGAAGGAGUCUGUCAAGAUCUCGAAUGCGGAGAAGAAGCUGGAGCAAGCAGACUUGACAACACUCAGCGCACCGUAUUUCAUUCCUCCCCUUCCACCAUGGAAAUGCGAGGCAAUUGAACGGACUGGCUUUGGCACGCUGAAUAAGUUGGUCCUCUUCUUCAAUGAUUUCUUUUGGGAUCGCAACGAGCGCGUCUUUGGCUACGUUCACGAUUCCACUGAACGUCGCGGCGAGCUCUUCCUCUUCUGGUCCAUCACUGACCGACCGUGUCUCAUCGCUCUCGUUGCUGGCAAGGCAGCAGUCACCUUAGAAACGGAAAUUGCUGCCACCGUGGGACCAAAAGGCGAUGGUGACACCGCGGCCUACCUCAAACUACCUAUUGUCGCUCGUGCUUUGUCCAUUCUACGCAAGAUCUUUGGUCGACAGCAUAUGGGCAAUGUGCCUGAUCCCAUUGGAGCAUAUGCAACGCGCUGGACAUCGGAUGAGAAUAUCCGGGGCUCUUAUUCCUACGUAGCAGUGGGAUCCAGCGGUGAUGACUACGAUUUCUUAGCAGCGCCGGCUUCACAAGUGGCACCUACCCUACCAUCGAGCCUUAGCGCUCCAGCCGCAGCUACAGGGGGAGAAGAGGGCUCGCCACAAGUCCCACUCAGACUUUUCUUUUGCGGGGAGCACACAAACCGACACUAUCCAGCCUCGGUGCAGGGAGCAAUCUUCUCGGGGCUGAGGGAGGUUGCCCGCAUCGCAAACACUUUUUGUCCGGGCGAGACGCCGAUUCGACAGCAUGGCUUUGUGUUGAGGCAGGCACCGUCUGUGACGCAGCAGCAGCAGCCAAUGACAAUGAAGAGGAAGACAGAUGUGUUGCUGUCAGAGAAGUACUGUCGUCGGCUGGUAUCCUGCUCAUUCGACGAGACCUUUCUCCAAGAGCCCCAGGGAUUUCUUGCCGCAGUUUCGGCCCGUAUAAACUGCGAAAAUCCGAACAAUGGGAAGUCGGCUUUUGCGAAAUUGCCUGACUGGGUUGCAAAUCCACCGGCUUUAAUCCGACCGAUUCCUCCAAAAUCUCGUGGUUUUGAUGGGCCAGUUCCACUUCCUUUCUCCAUAACCUGGCAACGGUACACACCUUCUAACGGAUCAGAUGAUUCAGUUCAACUCAUGUCAGCUGAAGAACCAGAUGUUCUAGUGAUUGUUUUGCAGAACCAACUUCGGUCACUUUUGGAAAAUGAAUCGAAAAUCAGCGACUUCUGUGCAACGCUUCGAUCUCUACCGCAGCGAAGACGUGUAUCCGUUAUAAUAUUUGCUCCAAGACUCUCAUCGACCAAGGAUCGCUCUUUUCUCGAUCUCCUUACGCGCCUCCAAUUUGAGUGUAACUUGACAGGUAUUCAACAGGCCUCCACGACGCAAAAUCUCGCUGUCCUUGUGGGCAAUUACACCAAAGCUAUUUGCCAGCGUCCUUUCAAAAAGUCGCGACUGGAUACUCGACAUGGCUUCUCCUUCCUCCCUGCCUCUGCAACAACCGUGGCGGGUGCGGUUGCCGCUCCUCGAUUCCCAUUGACAACAACGUGUCGAGGCACUGGUUUUAACGAAGAAGAUGUGGUUCGUGCGUGGGUUCAUCAAACCUGGCUGCGCCAGCUCGCAACGUGGCGAGGAAUGACUGGGGAGGUGGUUCACGCUGUUGCAGAGGCCUAUCCUACUCCACGUGAUAGCGGUAGUGAUUCUGCAGUAGCAGGAUUGGCUGAGUUGCCGAUCCGUCGAGGUGCUGGCGUCCUGGCAACGGAGACCCGAUUGGGAAAUGCAAUUGCUGCUCGUAUUGCCGCGUUUUUUACCUCUACUGACCCUGACCUUCUUGUGGAUGGUGCCCCUUGA